ACACACGUAAAUGAAUGCCAUACAAUUCCACGUGCGGAGCAUGCAAAAAUUGUUUUUAGUCUAAUUUAUUUUGGCAGGAUUCAAUAAGGAAUUCUGUCACUGAAAGAGGUCAAGAUGAGUGACAGAAAUAGAAAUCAACUUCCCAACAAUCUCCCGCAGUUGCAGAAUCUAAUCAAGAGGGACCCAGAGUCGUAUGUUGAAGAGUUUCUUCAACAGUUUCGCCACUAUGAGUCCAACUUACAGAUUUUCCAGUUGAAACCAACACAGAACUCCAAGAACCUCAUAGAGUUGAUCAUGUUCUUCUGUCAGAUAUCUCAAUGUUACCCCAAGGAGCUGGAAGAGUUUCCUCAGCAACUCAUUGAUCUACUGCAGAGACACAGUACAGUCUUGGACCCAGAGAUGAGAAUGACGUUUUGCAAGGGGCUGAUCCUGCUGCGCAAUAAGGGACUCAUUCAACCCACCAGUCUCCUUGGAUUGUUCUUUGAGUUACUGCGAUGCCAGGACAAGCUGCUACGUAAGAUGCUGUAUAUUCACAUCGUCAAUGAUAUUAAGAAACUCAACAAGAAGCAUAAAGACAACAAAGUCAAUACGACUCUUCAGAAUUUCAUGUACACAAUGCUGAGGGACAGUAAUGCAGCCGCUGGUAAGAUGUCUCUGGACAUCAUGGUUGAACUCUAUGGAAAAAACGUCUGGAGAGACACAAAAACAGUUAAUGUCAUCGUUACAGCAUGCUUCUCUAAGAUAACAAAGAUUGUUGUUGCUGCCCUGAAGUUCUUUUUAGGUUCAGAUGCUGAGGACAAAAAUGACAGCGACAGCGAGUCUGAUGAUGAGGCACCAACACCAAGAACACUUCUCAUGGCACAGCGAAUCAACAAGAAAACACGGAAGAGAAAGAAGAAGACUGACAAGGCACUCAGAAUUAUCAAGAAAGACAAGAAGAAGAACAAGCCGAUUGUCUUCAACUUCUCAGCACUUCACCUCAUUCAUGAUCCUCAAAAUUUUGCAGAGAAGCUUUUCAGGCAACUAGAAUCGUCCAAUGAGAGGUUUGAGGUCAAACUGAUGAUGAUGAACCUGGUCUCCCGAUUGGUCGGAAUCAAUCAGCUGUUCCUCUUCAACUUCUACCCGUUUCUGCAGCGUUUUGUACAACCACAUCAACGAGAGGUGACCAAGGUACUGCUGUUUGCUGCCCAGUCUACGCAUGAGCUAGUCCCACCAGACAUUAUCGAAACCAUGGUCAGGACGAUCGUCAAUAACUUUGUCACGGAGAGGAACUCCAAUGACGUCAUGGCUGUUGGUCUGAAUGCAGUGCGUGAAAUCUGCAGUCGAUGUCCACUGGCGAUGGGUGCAGACCUCCUUCAAGAUUUAGUGCAGUACAAAACAUAUCGCAACAAGGCAGUGGUUCAUGCUGCUAGGUCUCUUAUACAGCUCUUCCGAAGCAUUAAUCCUGAGAUGCUGCACAAGAGAGAUAGGGGCAAACCCACGGAGCAUAGCGUUGAGAUCAGGGCAAAGGAGUACGGUCAGUCAGUAGCCCAGGAUUUCAUUCCAGGCGCUGAGGUGCUGAAUGAAGAGACCCCAGAAGGAGACGGAGACGCUUCAGAUCAAAGUGAUUCUGAUUCUGAUGGGAGCUGGCACGACGUCGUUCAUUCCUCAGAUGAAGAAGGGGAAGCCCCAGAGUCCAAUCCUGCCGAGAGCUUAACGGCUGAGGAGAAGAAAGCCAAAGCCACUUCCAUAAGCCAGACUAGACUGCUGUCACAACAAGACUUCAAGGAUAUUAAGAUACACCAGCUUAGCAAGCAGAUGGAGGGGUCCAAGGGAAAAAAGAGGAAACAUAUAGAAAUCAGCGAAGAAAGUGGUGAUGUUCUCUCUCUGAAUAGAAUAGAAGGUAUUCAGAGUCGACCGAGGCACGACAGAGAGGCAAGAUUAGCUACUGUCAUGGCUGGGCGGGAGGGUAGAGAGAAAUUUGGCUCCAAGAAGGGUCGAAUGAACCCCAACGCCAGCACCACCAAUAAAGAGAAGAGCAAGAAGAAACCAUUCAUGAUGGUCAAACAGAAAUACAACAUCAAGUCCAAGACAAAGCGCUCCUUCAGAGACAAACAGAUUGCACUCAGGGAUUGCUUGAUAAAGAGAUCAAAGAGACGCUAAUCUCACAAAGAAUUCAAAAUCUCUCGGCUAUUAUUUUUAGCCAACUACAUCUUUUUCAGGAUUAUGAGAGAAGAAAUAUAAACAAUUAAUCUAUGUCUUUACAUUAUUAUGGUCCGAGCAUGUUCUUUUCAUGCUUCGUUGGGAGGGUUUUUACAUGUACAUAGAAUCCUCCAUAUACAAUGUUUUCAUGUUGAAUUUAUUUUUAGUCAAUUACGUCUUUUUUCAUGUUUUAUGAAAGAAGAAAUAUAAAACUUAAUCUGUGUUUACAUGCAUUAGUAUGGUCUGAGCACGUACUUUCAUGCUUUGUUGAAGGGUUUUAGGAAUGAUGUGUAGAAUCCUUCAUAAACAAUGUUUUUGUAUAGCUACAAAAACCAAUACCGUAAUUACCAAAAUACUCAAACAUGGCUGAUUUUGUAUCAAUUUCUUUGAGGCUUAUGCCUGUGAAAGAGUAGUUUUCAAUUAAAGAAAUGGUAGACAAUCUUGUGUUUUUGAGGCGACAUUAAUAAUGCUGUCUCUUGAUGUCUUGACUGUGAAAUUUGGAGGCAGAUGGCACUAUAGGUUUUCGCUGCAGCCAUUUUCAGCAGGUGUGGACUUUAUCAGUGAGUGUGGCAAUUUGCAGUUGGUGUGGCCGUUACGUUGGCACAAACUACCUGCCACUGUUGUGGUCUUCAAUGGGGUCAUUCAUGUCGCUUAUCGGGGACCAUUUGGUUGCCAGAAGAAUAUAUUUUAUUUCAGAUACAUUUACUUCAUGUCAACAUCAGUCAAUACAUUGUGCUAACAUUGUUCAGAAAAACAUAUACCAACUUGUAUAAAGGGAGACUGGAGCCAGUAAUGAACAAUAAAUAUAAAAUAGUUUUACAUUAACAUGUAAGAAAAGGAAGAUUUGUUUCCCUCUUCCCUAAAGACAAAGACAAUUUAAACAAUAUAUGUAUUAUAUUAUAAUUUACUCUCUCUUCCCACAUGUCUCAAAGCAAAUAAACUGAUCCAAUUAAAGUAAAAGUUCACUGUUCUGAUAUGUUUUGUCAAGACUGAAUCUUCAAAUUAAAUGAUGGAUGUUGACAACUUUGGUAGUUGUCAAAGAGCGUAUCGGCACUUCAUUUUGCCCAACAUACACAUGAAAUAACAAACCUGUGAAAGUUGAGUUAAAUCGGUCAUCAGAUGAACUAGAAAAUUAUUUGACCAUCUUCAUACCAUGUUAAAGUUGUGUGCAAAUCUGCAAACAUAUAUUUUUUUCGAUCUAACCAAUUUUGGGCACACCCUUUCCAAUUUCCCUACGCUCCGCACGUUGCUUUUACUGUCGAAAGCUGAUCACAACUAAACCCAGAAUCAUGGAAUCAAUUGCUUUGUUUCAGUAAAGAUUCAAACCCACAUCCUCAUGACAAAUACGUACUUCAGAACACACGUUUUUCAUGGCUCUCAGUAUUUCCAAAGAAUCAUUUUAACCAAGUCAUGACUGAGCUACAUGGUUGAGCAAGGCACUUAACCCUAAUUGCUGAAGCCCAGGUGUAUAAAUGAGAACCUGCGAGGGCCAAGACAGUUAUGUGUAAGACUAACCCCAUAGCUUGUAUGCUCCCAGAAAGUUUGAGGAAAAUUCAAAGAUGAACAGGGAUAAUGUUGUAAAGCACCGUGAUCCAGCCACUAGGAUACUUGCUUGUUAUUGGCACCACUUACUAACCUCGCUCGCAAAGUAAUUGCACCCUCAUUUUAAUCAAACCAAGUAUUGCAAAAUUAUUGUAGAGAACAGAACACAGCAAAUGAAUACGCAGGAGUCAUUUGUAUAGUUUACAUGUAUUUAAUGCAUGUUAAGACAACAUAAUGGUGACUUGUGUAUGUACAGUGCAAGUUACUUUUUUAGAAACAAAAUAAAUUUAUUCUUAAUUUAAAUUUGCAAAUCCCCUUGCCCGUUUUACAUUUUUUCCACAAAUAUCUAUUUUAGUUGUUAGUCAAAAUACAGCUGUCACAAAUCUAAGAGAUAAUGCAGCUUUUGUGUCAUUAGCUAAACCUUCUUCAGUACUGAGUGUAUAUGCGCAAGUACCAGUAUAACUUUUUUGUGGAUUAUCACUCGUGUUUUAUUUUAUUUGGGAAAUGCAUUUGCAAUAAAAACAUAUUCAUACAAAGCCCCCCAUGAGAGAAAAAUAAAAAAACUUAAUUUUAAGUAAAUCAUUUAACGGCAUAAUGCUAGCUUUUUAAGGUUGACCAAGUAAACUAGUUUUCUGAUGAGGUUAAAGCAUAUCAGCUGUGCAUCAGCUGUGCAAUUGUAGUUGGAAGUUUCUUGAUUCCUAAACCAUAAUAAAGGACUACCCCUGUCAGAGUAAAUGAA